AUGUGCAAGAAAUCACGAGACAAGACUACAGGGUCAAUUGGAUUACCACAAGUAAUCCUUCCAUUUUUGGCUGGUUUGACUCAUCUCCAUGUGGUAUAUUUUGCCGCUUUCAAGACAGUCCUUCCGGUGCUUUUGGGAGACGUCUCUAGAAAGCAGACGGAAGAUUUUCAAUCCGAGUUGUAUUAUCUGGAUCGAGCUGUCUUUAUUGCCUACUUUGUUGAUCUGUUUUGUUGCUAUUUCAAGGCUCUUCCAUUCUCGAGAUGCAACAGAUCCAAGGAUAUCAUUGAACAUCACCUUCCAACCUUGUUGUUAGCCCUUCCGCUCGCAGUUCCAACUUGGGCAAAAAUGGACUCGAUUGAGUCAUCUCUUCCUAUUCUAAGCUUGGGAGAGGAUAGCGAAAUCAGGGACGAGUUCAUCAAGGGCUGUAUGAUGGCCUCUGGCUUUGCCUACAUCAGCUCCAUGAAUGAGGUAUUCAUGUGCUUUCAACGAGUCGAGAUGAGUCUUCAAAAGGCAGCGACAUUUGCGGAUAUUCCUCAAAUGAAACACCAUUUCUUUACCAGUCGACUGAUCAUAGGAAUGGAGCUGUGCUAUAAAUUGGCAUUUUUCUGGGGACUGUCUAUUCUGGCGUGCUAUGGAUGCGUGAAGCUUCCAUAUGCCGUCUACCAAAUGCACAUGUCCAAUGAUGAGUUGGCGCUUUGGCAAGUUCUUUUCAAAAUGAUCAUCAGUCCAAUUGUAUUGAGAGCAUUGCUAUUUUUGACAUUUUCGGUUGUAAUGUACCCGUCCAUGGGUAAGCGGUGUCUUCGAAAAGUCAAGCAAUUCUUUGCCGAAGGAAAAGAGAAGACUGCCUGA